AUGGCAGACGGACCCAGACGGGCGCAUGUUCCCCGUGUCAGGCUCCUCCAGUCAGUUAUUGACUGCCUGCUCUGCGCCUACCUGCGCCGUGUUAUUGACUCCACCCACUCCCGUCACUCCCGCUUCUCCCCAUUCUCAAUCAACCCCACCCUGCUCUUUCCCUGCCAGACAGAACCAGACGGGCGCAUGUUUCCCGUCUCAGACUCCUCCCAAUCAGUUAUCGACUGCCUGCUCUCACAAGCCCAGCAGCUCUCAGGUACACUCUCAGUGACCAUCUCCCCGGGCUGGCCUGUAGCAUCCAUCACUCGCACCCCUGCAGGCCAGUCCCUCAUCUCCUCCUCCAAGCAGACUCCCACACUCAUCAACAUCUCCCUCUCUCCUCCCCCUCCCCUCUCCUCCCUUCCCCCCAGUGACCAUCUCCCCGGGCUGGCCUGUAUCAUCCAUCGCUCGCACUUCUGCAAACCAGUUCCUGCUGACCCACGCUCUCACCCUCCAUCCCUUGAUCCACUCUUUCCGAUCCUCCGAUUCUCCUCCCACCUUCUCUUCCCUCCCCCAGUGACCAUCUCCCCGGGCUGGCCCGUGGCAUCCAUCGCUCGCACCCCUGCAGGCCAGUUCCUCAUCACCUCCUCCAAAAAGGCUCCACCGAUUAUCAAUAGCUCUUCCCCUCCCUCCUCCUCCUCCUCCUCCCCUCUCUCCCUCAUGGCUGAUUUCGUUCUUAUCGGCACCGGUGGGUCAAUCAAGCAAGUUUUUCUGCCUUCCUUACGAUCCUGCCAACAUCCUUUCCUGUGCUCCCCUCAUCGAUCCUCAUUAACCCUCAUCACCCCUCAUAACUCCUCAACCUCGCCCCAUACUCUCCCCUCCUCCUCACCCUUCCUCAACCCUCCUCACCCCUCUUCACCCCUCUUCACUCCUCCUCACCUCUUCCCACCCCUCUCAACCCCAGGGGCAUUCCAUGGCAGCAUCUCUCGGUCACUCCAUCAUCCCUCCCUGCCCUUCCAUCCUUCCUCCCCCAAAAGCAUCUCACAGUUUCACCCCAUUUCACCCCUUCCCACCCGUCCCCGUCCCCCAUCACCCCUUCGCAUCUCUCCCCACCCCUCUCUACUACUGCAGGGUCAUGACAUGGCAUCAUCCCUUGGUCACUCCAUCAUCCCUCCCUGCCCGUCUCUCUUCACUUUCAACAUCCCUGAUUCUGCUCUCACUGCUCUUGCGGGGGUGUCUCUUGAAGACGUGUCUCUGAAGCUGCUUCGGCCCAGCUGUGCUGAAACUCUCUGCCUGGGCUGCCAGGAACCUGCACGCCUCUGCCUACACUGGUGGGUGGGUGCGCUUUUGGUGGCAGUGGUGGGUGCGUGGGCCUCUUUCCCCUUCACCCCCGGUGCGUCUCUCUCCUCCCACCUCUCUUCACGCACUGGGGAGUGA